AUGGGCGCGGUCUGCUGCCGACCAACACCGGUUGAUUUUGAUGGAGAUGUUAGUCUAUUUCACUUUGUGCUUCUAAGAUGUGUAGGCAAGGGUGCAUUCGGCAAGGUUCGUGUGGUCCAGCACAAACAGACGCGCGAUCUCUAUGCUCUCAAGUACAUCAAUAAGACCAAAUGUGUAAAGAUGAAAGCCGUAGCAAAUGUCAUUCAGGAGCGGCGGCUCCUGGAAGAGGUCGACCACCCAUUCAUUGUGAACUUGCGGUAUGCCUUUCAAGACGACGAAAACUGCUUUUUCGUUUUGGAUCUUAUGCUAGGUGGAGACCUCCGAUUUCAUCUUGAACGCCUAGGAUCGUUACAGGAGGACGUCGUGAAAUUUUACGUAGCGCAACUGUCCUCUGCUGUAGAAUUUCUUCACGAAAUUGGUAUCAUGCAUCGUGAUAUCAAGCCAGAUAACAUUUUGCUCGACGAACGAGGGAACGCACACUUGACAGAUUUUAAUAUCGCUGUUCACUUCAGCGAGCGCAAGUUAACGGGCGUGGCGGGCUCAAUGGCAUACAUGGCGCCUGAGAUCCUAGCCAAACGGGGCUACACGUGCCACAUCGACUGGUGGUCACUAGGUGUAUGUGCCUACGAGCUUAUCUUUGGCCGGAGACCAUUCAGAGGUCGGACGAAUUCCGACCUUACCUACAGCAUCUCGAAAGAUCCUUUGAAGUGGCCUGAGGACGCGGAGAAGAAAUGCACUCGUCCCGGUAUGCUGGUUAUCAAAGGGUUACUGGAUCGGGAUCCCGCCAGGCGUUUUGGAUGCAAACCCAACGGCGAAGGAUACCAGGAAUUACGGCGACAUCCAUGGUUCAAGACCAUUGACUGGGACACGCUGGAGUCAAAAGAGCAAAUUCCUCCGUUCAUUCCGGACUCUAAAAAGGCUAAUUUCGAUGCGUCACAUGAAUUGGAGGAGCUUCUUCUCGAAGAUAAUCCUCUCAAGGCUAAGCAACGCAAAGCAAAUCAAGACAACUUGUCAGCGGAGAUGCGGCAAAUGGAGGAACAAUUCACGUCUUAUGACUUCAAGAAGAUGCAAAGACGAUCGUAUUACCCGCACAACCAGCAACUGAUCUCCACGGCAACAGCAACCUCUUCAGGUCUGGCGUCUUCUCGACCCGCAACACCAGCGACCGAUCUACGGCCAGAAAAUGGUGUUGCUAUAGUCAGUGGAUCGAUAGAGUUACAGGGCACAGACGCAGAAGAAAUGACGAAGGAAGUUACUGAAAAGGAAUAUCGGUGA